ACGUGGCCGUUUUCUACAGACGGGGAUGAUGAGGACUCGUACUUGGGCUCCGCCGUAACAAGAAAAUCGGGAAUGGUGGGGAGAGCUCACCGCUUGGCACACGAAAGCGUAUAGCGAGCUCAAACAAAGCAGCUCAACUGCGAAGCGCCUCGUGGCUUCGAGGGUCGCAGAGCGAAGAGCGACUUACCGGGUUAUAUAUUCGUCGUGAGGUUGUGAAAACUCGAAUUCGUAAAGAACGUGAUCUCUUUUGGGCCACGUAUGUUUUCGUGGACGGCUCAAAAAAACAAUCGAAUUGAUAAGAUUCUUAUCACAAAUAGAGGAGAAAUAGCAUGUCGAAUAUCAAGAACAGCAAAGAAAUUAGGAGUGAAAACAGUAGCGGUAUACAGCGAAGCGGACAAAAAUUCUAUGCACGUGGAAUUGGCUGAUGAGGCUUAUUGCAUCGGGCCUCCACCCUCCAGCCAGAGCUAUUUGAGACAAGAUAAGAUUAUAGCAGUUGCUAAAGCUGCCAAAUGCCAGGCGAUUCAUCCUGGUUAUGGGUUUCUAUCGGAAAAUGUGGAGUUUGCCGAAUUAUGCCAGAAAGAAAAUAUCACGUUUGUGGGUCCACCUGCGAGUGCCAUUCGUGACAUGGGAAUCAAAAGUACUUCAAAAGCCAUAAUGGCAAAAGCUGGUGUACCUAUCAUCGAAGGAUACCACGGAGAUGAUCAGACCAACAAAACGUUGUUGGAAGAAGCGCAAAGGAUAGGUUUUCCUCUGAUGAUAAAAGCAGUUCGAGGGGGAGGUGGAAAAGGAAUGAGGAUCGCAAUGGAGAAAGCCGAUUUCUUGGAAGCUCUCGAGUCUGCUCGAACUGAAUCUUUAAAAGCAUUUGGAGAUUCAGCAGUGUUGUUGGAAAAGUUCAUUGCGGAACCACGCCACGUGGAGGUUCAGAUUUUUGCUGACAAACAUGGGAACGUUGUUCACUUAUUCGAAAGAGAUUGUUCGGUCCAGCGACGUCAUCAAAAAGUCAUCGAAGAAGCUCCUGCACCUGGUAUAGCACAAGAACUGCGAACCAAACUGGGAGAAGCCGCUGUGAGAGCAGCAAAAGCUGUGGGAUAUGUUGGUGCUGGAACGGUCGAAUUUAUUUUGGACAGAAAAACACAUUCUUUUCAUUUCAUGGAAAUGAAUACCCGGCUCCAAGUCGAGCAUCCCGUCACCGAAGAAAUUACUGGUACGGAUUUAGUCGAGUGGCAACUCAAAGUUGCAGCCGGCGAGACACUGCCUCUCAAACAAGAAGACAUUCAUUUGAAAGGACAUGCUUUUGAAGCUCGAAUUUAUGCAGAAGAUCCUCGAGGUGGUUUUCUGCCAGGAGCGGGUCCACUUUUGCAUUUGACACCACCCAGAAGUGGAGCAAACAUUAGAGUCGAGACUGGAGUCAGACAAGGCGAUGAAGUCUCCGUACACUACGAUCCCAUGAUCGCAAAGCUGGUAGUUUGGGGAAAGGACCGAAACGAAUCUCUAAGCAUGCUUCGGGCUCAACUAUCGGAAUAUGAUAUUGUUGGUUUGGAAACGAAUAUCGAAUUCAUAAAGGAUUUGUGCGAUCACCCCAAGUUCCGAGCGGCUCAAGUACACACUGGUUUCAUCGAAGAAAAUUACAGUACGCUCUUUCCCCACCUUCAGCCCUCGGACGAAAUAUUGUCGCAAGGAGCGCUCGCGCUGUUGAUUUCGGAACAAACGGCGGUCCUCGCAUCAGGAAAAAAUGAAAAAAAUCCGUCGAACCCUUUCAACACGAUAGCUGGAUUUCGUACGAAUCACGAGCUCAAUAGACACUUUGAAUUUUCGUUUAUGGAUGAAAGAUUUAAGGUUCAUGUGCAGUACGUUAAAUCGGGUGCAUAUCUUAUUAGAGUAAACAACAAAGAACCUGCCAAAUUGGUGACUGGAAGUUCAACCGUGAGGGGCGACACGAUGUUCUUAAUUUCGGAAAUUGACGGAAAAAAACAAAAAUCUCGGAUCGUUUCUGUUGGUCGUGAGCUGCACAUAUUUACCAACGAGAGAAAAUGGAAAUUGACGAGACCCGAAGCAGAGUUUGUCAGGAAGCAAACUCUACAUGCGGACAUGUCCAAAGGGGGCGCCGUCAGUCCAAUGCCAGGAGUGGUAGAUAAAAUUUUCGUGCAGCCAGGCGAUCUCGUCAAAAAAGGAGACCCUCUGGUCGUUAUUAUUGCCAUGAAAAUGGAGCACACAAUGCGAGCAUCGUGCGACGGUAAAGUUAUGAAUGUUCCGUGCGCCAUCGGUGACAGCGUUGCAAAAAACAAACUUCUCGUUGAUGUUCAGUAAAAGCAGCUACGUCUCUAAAUGACUUGCGACCUGGAAAAUCGGGUCAACGCGUUUUAUAUUAUUUUUACAUUUGAUAAUUUUUUUCUAUGAGGCUUGUGCAAUAUAUUUCUCUCAAAUAUA